AUGAAUCCUCACAGUGUUGUCAUGAAAAUAAUAAAUAUUGCCGACGAUAACGAUGAUGAUGUUUCAGUAAUAUAUGAAACCCCAAAAACUUCAAAGAGCAAAGGAGCCAAGAUUAGUGAUGCUAUUGAGAAAAGAAAUCAACAAGUUUCCUUAUUUAAGAUUUUGUGUUCAAAACCUAGCUGCAGUGGAACUAAAAAGGCCUUUAUUGAUCUAUCUAAAGAAUCCCCAGAUGAAGAAAUUCAGAUUUUGGAUUCUAAUUUUUCAUUCUCCAAAAAUUCAAAAAGGGGUUCAAAUUCGAAGUCUAUUGUUAUAGAUGAUGACGGUAAUGACAAUUUUACGUGUGAUAUUUGCGUUGACGAAAAGUCAAUGAGUGAAAUGUUCAAAAUAAUGGGGUGCACACAUUCUUAUUGCAAACAAUGUAUGGCUAAGUAUGUAGCCUCAAAACUCCAAGAGAAUAUUUCUCGAAUUUCAUGUCCCGUUUCAGGUUGUAACGGGCUAUUAGAGCCGUAUUAUUGUCAUUCAAUUUUGCCUAAUGAAGUGUUUAAUAGAUGGGGCGACGCGUUAUGUGAAAAAGUGAUUUUAGGGUAUGAGAAAUUUUAUUGUCCGUUUAAGGAUUGUUCUGCACUUUUGAUUGAUGAAUGUAGUGGUGAAAAUAUAGUUAUUACUCAAUCAAAAUGUCCAGAAUGUAAAAGGUUGUUUUGUGCUAAGUGUAAAGUUCCUUGGCAUUUAGGGAUUGUGUGUGAAGAAUUUGAGAAAUUGCACAAAGAUGAAAGGGAAAGGGAAGAUAUACAGCUUAUGCAACUUGCUAAGAGUCAAGAAUGGCAAAGAUGUCCAAAUUGUAGAUACUAUGUUGCUAGGUCUCAAGGUUGUGCCCAAAUGCAUUGCAGGUGUGGAUGUGACUUUUGUUACAAAUGUGGAGCUCAGUCUACUAAUCACUACUGCAGUAACUGUG